AAGGUGAACAGAGAAAAAGUAUGCUGAAAGGCAAAAGAUGUCGAAUGUAUUAAAAUUGUUUGUUUCAAUUGAAAAUGGAAUAGUUCGAUGAGGUCAAAGAAAAAUAGAUUGACAUCACUUGAAUAAAUAUAUCGUCGAUUUACCAUUUCACUCAUUAAAUAAAUCAAUAUAUUUUCUUUUUCACGGUGUUAAAAAAACGAGCAAUCAACGUGAAAAUAGUGAGAAAGAGAAGAAGUUGAAAAAAAAAAUGUUUGUCGAAUUGUUUGAUGGUGCUCUUUGAUUUGUUUCACAUUUGAUAUUUUCAGCAUCAAGAACUCAAGUGCGGAAAUCGAAUGUGUGUGUUUUGUGCAAUUUAUUAUUCGUUUCUUUUUUCACACAUUCAUCUCAAUUUUCGAUACACAGUGUUCAAGUGAUAAUUUGGUGCAUUGAUUAUUCUCGUCUUUGAAAGCAUAGCAAGCAUCGUAUAACAAGAAAAAAAUAACAACAAAAAAGUAGAAGUAGAGAGAGGCAAAAUAAAAAUAAAAAUAAAAAACAGCCACUGCUUGAAAUUCAUUUCAGUCUGAAAUAAUGGUAACAUUGUCGCCAUCACCUGUAUUUCCUCACCUAUAAUUCGAUACAUUUUCGGAAUGUAAAAUCUGUAAAAUUGAAACCCACGAAAAAAAAAAUCGCUUUCAACCAAAGAAUCUAGUGUAGAAUAGUUGUGUGUGGUAAUCGAAUGCUGAUGAGAGAUAAAAAGUGUUUGUAUGAAAAAGAAAGAAAGAAAGAAAAAGUAUUUAAUUAGUGUAAAGCAGUGAGAUAGAAUCAAGAGAUAAUUAUACAUUUCGACUAAUUAACGAGAAAGAAAAUUGCAAUUCAUUAAACAUGUUUACGGGAACAGUACGAAUGAAAAUAUGCGAAGCUUGUGGUUUGCGACCCACCGAUUUCCAGAGAAGACACAAUAUGACUUUUGGCAAAGCAGAAGAACAGCCAAUCGAUCCUUAUGUCUCCAUCGAUGUUGAUGAAAAUCACCUUGACCGUUCCACCACCAAAGGAAAAACAUUCGAUCCGUGCUGGAAUGAGACGUUCACCCACGAAGUAAACAACGCAAAAAAUAUCGGUUUGACGGUGUUUCAUGAUGCGGCCAUACCACCAGACGAUUUUGUUGCCAACUGUACAAUAGCAUUUGAAGAUUUAGCACACCGUGAUAAAGAACAACAGGAUUUUUGGGUUGACUUAGAACCACACGGAAAAAUCCACAUAAUAGUUGAACUCAAAUGGCACGAUCAAAGCAAUACAAAAGGUGGUGCUAUUCCAAAAACCACAGCCAUCAGCGGAGCAGAAUUCAAGGAACGUGCCGCAUUCAAUCGGCGGCGUGGUGCUAUGCGAAGACGUGUACAUCAGGUCAAUGGACACAAAUUUAUGGCAACAUUUCUGCGCCAACCAACAUUCUGUUCACACUGCAAAGAAUUUAUUUGGGGCAUCGGUAAACAAGGCUAUCAAUGUCAAGUUUGUACGUGUGUCGUGCACAAAAGAUGCCAUCGUUCGGUUGUAACAAAAUGUCCUGGCAUGCGAGAUGAGAAUUGUCAAACGAAGAAUGAGGCUCAGCGAUUCAGUGUGAAUGUGCCGCAUCGUUUUCUGCCACAUAAUUAUAAACGCUUUACAUUUUGCGAUCAUUGUGGAUCAUUGUUGUACGGUUUGUUCAAGCAAGGAUUACAAUGUGAAGUUUGUAAUUUAAAUGUGCACAAACGUUGUCAAAAAAAUGUUGCCAACAAUUGUGGCAUAAAUACCAAAGAGAUGGCCGAAAUUUUGAAUGAAAUCGGCAUAUUACCCGAUAAACAAGGCCUACCAAGAAGUUCAAAAUAUUUGAAUAAGGCUUCCAAUGAAGCUGGUGAAUCGUCGACCGCAUCCUCCGAUUUUGGUUCAUCGAGCGAAGCGGAUGAAUCAAAAGAUGGCAAAUCACCAAAUACCAGUAGUAAAAAUAAAAGUGGUAAAAAUCUGUCGAAUCUCACCGCUGCCAUUCAAAGUGAAGGUGGAAAAGUGGGCCUUAAUGACUUCAACUUUAUAAAAGUAUUAGGAAAAGGUUCAUUUGGUAAGGUAAUGUUGGCAGAAAAGAAGGGCACCGAUGAAGUCUAUGCCGUUAAAGUGCUAAAGAAAGAUGCCAUCAUUCAGGACGAUGACGUUGAUUGUACCAUGACAGAGAAACGUAUAUUAGCUUUAGCCGCAAAGCAUCCAUUUUUAACGGCACUACAUUCUUGCUUUCAAACACCCGAUCGAUUAUUUUUCGUCAUGGAAUAUGUCAAUGGUGGCGAUUUAAUGUUCCAAAUUCAACGGGCCCGAAAAUUUGAUGAAGGUCGUGCCGCAUUUUAUGCCGCCGAAGUUACACUUGCAUUACAAUUUCUGCACAGUCAUGGCGUUAUUUAUCGGGAUUUGAAACUGGAUAAUAUCCUGCUCGAUCAGGAAGGACAUUGUAAACUAGCCGAUUUUGGCAUGUGCAAGGAGGGAAUACUUAAUGGUGUUUUAACAUCCACAUUUUGCGGUACACCCGAUUAUAUUGCACCAGAGAUUUUACAAGAAUUAGAAUAUGGUCCGUCGGUUGAUUGGUGGGCACUUGGUGUGCUUAUGUACGAAAUGAUGGCUGGUCAACCGCCCUUCGAAGCCGAUAACGAAGAUGAUUUGUUCGAAUCGAUUCUUCACGAUGACGUUCUCUAUCCCGUCUGGUUGAGCCGUGAAGCUGUAUCAAUUUUGAAAGGUUUUAUGACAAAAAAUCCGGCACGUCGUUUGGGAUGCUCUAGUAAUGAGUUACAAAUAAGAGGUCAUGCAUUUUUCAAGGAUCUCGACUGGGAGGCGUUGGAACUACGUCGUGUUAAACCACCAUUCAGGCCUAGAGUGAAAAGUCCUAAGGAUGCAUUGAAUUUCGAUACGGAAUUCACGAAAGAGGAGCCAGUGUUAACGCCAGUACCAAAUGAUGUAAUACGUUGCAUUAAUCAAGAUGAAUUCGCUGGAUUUUCGUUCGUAAAUCAAAACUUUGGUCCAGAACGAAAGAUCUGUUAAUUCGUUUGAUUAAAACACAUAUUCAAACGAGAUUCAUAGAUUAAAUGUAAUAAAAAACAAGAGUAAUUUUUCCCCAUUAAUAAUUUUGUGUGACUU